GUUAAGCUGUGUAAUACAUCCUGCUAAUCGUGUAGAUGCCAAAAAACACAAUUUUCUCGCAAUAGUCUGUUUCUGGCGACGGAAAAUUGCUACGUUGCGUAUUUGCAACAACGUGCUGACUGGGUUUGUUUUUUGUUCUCGAACUAGAAAUGGAUCCUAAACGCUUUUAUUGCCGUGCAAUUCCAUCAGAUAGCGAAGACAGCGAACUUUCCGGGAGUGACGACGACCCUGAGUGUAAGUCUGUUUGUAUUUAUCGUGUGUGCAGUGUGUUGUAUGGUGGAAUGCGCGAAUUUUUUCAUCAGGGUGUCUGCGCACUCACGCUUCUGUCUCGCAUCGUUACAGCUUCACCUUCAUAUCUGUGCUCCUGCGUUUAAAAUUUUUGGUUAUAACGCAAAGACACCGUGCAUAGUCGUUCCGUCUUCUUUCAAUAUACAGAAGCACCCUGUUUUCUAUAUCUGCAUUUUGCUUUGUUUUACCGCUAAUUUUAUUCCCUGUAUAUCACUGUCUGUUUGUGCUGCAGAUGUUCAACCUUAUCUCGAAAAGCUAAAUGACAGCACAAGCGAGUCGAGUACAUGCUCCGACGAGGACAAAUGUACAGCAAGUGGCACAACACCUCACCACCGCCCUGUACAAGCUAAGAGAAGGAUCAUUUGGAAGAAAGCGAAUCUAAUGAGAGAUCCGCAGACAGUUCAGUUCUCCGGGCAAAGUGAACUCCCAGAGUACAUUUCACAACUAGAGACACCAUUCCAAUACUUCAAAUUCCUCUUCCCGGGCUCGCUGAUUUCGCUAAUUGCAGACCAGAGCAAUUUGUAUGCGCUUCAGAAUGACGUGAGUCAGCCCCUCUGUACUACCGCAGAAGAGAUCGAAAUGUUUAUUGGGACGUGCAUGUGGAUGUCGAUCACACAAAUGAGGAAUUCGAGGUGGUACUGGAGUGCAGAAACCAGGGUUAGCCAAGUCGCUGACAACUUUCCUGUGGGCCGCUUUGAGAAACUAAAGCAUAAUAUACACUUCAUUGACAACAGUACUCUCUGCCCAAAGGACGCUCCAGGAAGAGAUCGGCUUGCGAAGGUGCGGCCUCUCAUUGAUGCCAUAAAUGAACAGUUGUCGCUUGUGCCUCUUGAAGAGCAUCUUUCUAUUGAUGAGCAGAUUAUACCCUUCAAAGGUAGAAGCUCCCUCAUGCAGUACUGUCCCAAGAAGCCCAAAAAAUGGGGUUACAAAGUUUUUGUGCUCUCCGGUGUAAGCGGCUUCUCGUACAAAUUGGAGGUGUAUACCGGACAGGAGAACACGGUGCAAAGACUUUCAGGAGAGCCUGACUGUGGAGCGAGUGGAAAUGUCGUUGUUCGCUUGAGUAGAAUGAUUCCGAGAGGCGUACACCACAAAGUGUACUUCGACAACUAUUUCAACAACCCAACCUUGCAGGUGUACCUAGAAAAAGACUCUGUACACUGCAUUGGUACUGUGCGGACAAACCGGGUCGCUGGAGUGAGGCUGCCUAGCGAGCAGGAAAUGAAAAAAAAAGGAAGAGGACAUUUUGAAGAGAGGGUUGCAGUUAUAGAUGGAAUUGAACUGUCAUGUACAAGGUGGCAAGACACCCGAGCAGUGACUUUGCUCUCCUCCUUUGUUGGAACACAGCCUGCUACAAGUGUAUCAAGGUAUAAUCGUCAAAAAAAACAGUGGAGUGAGAUACCAUGCCCUGCAGCGAUCACUAUCUACAACAAGCACAUGGGAGGCGUCGACCUUUUGAACUCCCUCAUCUCCAUUUACCGUCCCUACCUGAGGUCGAAGAGAUACUAUUUUCGUGUUUUUCUGCACAUCCUAGACUUGACAACUGUAAAUGCUUGGCUGCUUUACAAGAGGAAUGUCAUGAAAAAACGUGAUCAGUACACCGAACGGCUACUUCCGUUGGCUGAGUUUAAGAUGGACCUGGCUGCAUCACUCUGCAAGGCUGGGAAGACGGCGCUGAAGAAGCGAGGAAGGCCUAGCAAUGAGUCAGUAGAACAAGCCUCUGAUGAGAAGAAAAAAAGGGGACCAUCAGCUCCAACUCCAACUCAGGAUGUCAGGCUAGAUCAGGUUGGUCACUGGGUUCUUUGGAGUAAGAAGCGGCAGCGCUGCAAGCUUCCUGGCUGCACAGGAAUCUGCAUGAGCUACUGCGUUAAGUGUGGAGUGCAUCUCUGUUCCACAAACAAGAGCAAUUGCUUUUUUGUGUACCACACAACAAAAUGA